AUGAAAGUUAUAAUACUAUUCUUGUUUAUUUGCAUGAACGACGGUAUGGUGUUACCCAGUAUACCAGCUCACUUGUUGGACUGCUAUCGUGGUGGGGGUCCCGACCUAAACGCUCCCAAACGUCUCGACACUUUCCUCUCCCUGUUGAAGAAGCUAGAACAAGACUUGAGACUUGACAUGAGGAUGUUUAGUGGUGCUCUGCUCAGAAGUUUCCGACUGGACGGUAUUGAGGAAUCGUCUAAUGCUAUAGAGACAGAAUUUCUGCUGCCAUUUAGGGCAUCCAACUUCCAAUUCCACAAGUAUAAACUACUCAUGGAUCUUUUUCUGCCAACACAAAAUCUGCUACAAGCCAACGAGAGUCUAUCUUUAACGGAUACUUGCCUUUUGCACAGAAUUAUGAGUUCUACUGUGCGACAAUGGGAACGAGGAGAUGAGAACCUCGUAUGUCCAUUAUCUAUACAGCAGAGGCAAACUAUGGCUACUCAAAGUAGUGGUAGAGUUCAUAGCCGAUGCCCAAUAGAAGAUGGUGUCAUUCAUACAGACUGGGGCCCCAUCGCUCCUGGUACCUUAGUAGCGGCGAUAGCGGCCUCUCUAGAGCCGCAGCGGGUUUCGGUGACUGAUAUCUUGAAUGCGGACAUAUUCAAAGCUGGAAUAUCGGAGCCUCUCAUGGCUGAAGCCAUACAGGAAUGGUUUGAGGAUAUAGAGGCUUUCAAUGCUGGAGAACAACCGAAUGUCCAAGAUAUAAGUAACGUUUGGGUCGCUACACUUGCUGGUGAUUUAGCAGAGGUAGUUGUGAAUCAGGGCCCUGUAGUGGGUUCAGUGCCGAGUAAACUGGUAGUGGGCAGCAACAAUAGGUGGAACGAUACUUUUCUACCUCGCGAUUACUAUUUACUACCGCAAAAUGCAUCUGUUACCGAUUGGCAUUUUACUGAUGCAGAAAUCCUUGCUGGCAUUGAUGGUCUAAUAAUUGCCAACUACCUACCGAAUUGGAUUGAGAAGAGGCGUACAUUAAGGCUCUCUCAAAUAAUAGACAUGUACUAUUCACACGAAGGUAUAUCUUUCAAUUCGACUGUAAGGGCUUGCAACCGACAGAGUUUAUUCAACGAGAUAUUCAGAAGAGAGACGUUACUUUCUGAGGUGUCUAAAUUUGCACAGGUGCUAUCGCUACGCCAAGUAACUUUGUAUGUGCCAAAUGAAGAAAUGGACAGAAUUACUGAGGCUGCGGUGUCGGCAUUUAUGACAUAUGCACCUUCGUUACUUAGGCGAUAUCACGUGGAUUGUCAUGUUAGUACCAGCGUGCCCGAUAUGGAUGUACUGGUAGCUACAGAUGGCGCCUGGGCGCGAUAUGAAGUGGAGCAAUUUAUAUCAUGGGUGGGCGGUGCCCUAGAGAUUAACUUACAACGGAACACACUGGCUUUGAUUCAUGGUAACACGGGGAAUUGGAUAGUACCACCUAGUGACAAUCUCACAGAGGUUUUCCAACAAAUUCACAACUUCAACGACACGUGGCCGAAUCGGAUGAAUCUACCCAACGUAUUGUCAAGAGUCAUACAGUAUUCAAGGAACAAGUCUUUAGAAGAAGCAGCUAGAAACGCUAGUGCUGGCCCUAGUACGACGGUGCUGAUCAUAAGUCCGGGCGGGAGACCCAACGCGAAUGAGCUUCUGAGGGCAACAGAACUCAUGCAAUCUUUGAGGACCAGCUUCUUCGACGUCUACUUCGCUUACGUCGCCCGCGAUCUGACAGAUUUCCAGAACUUAAACAACCAGUAUCUGGAUUACUCGGAGCUGUUUUUAUCGGUAACUUCAACCAAUGUGAAUGACGUAGUGGAAGCGGUCGAUACGUUUGUCGUGAAGAACGAAAUCCCGACCCGAAUAUUUGGUGCCCAUUGUCCAUUCAACGGCACCACAUUCGAACAAAGAGAGUACGAAGACUUCGUACUGCCGGAGCGGAAAGUCACUUAUAGGAUACAUCCUUUCCAUAUGCAACAGCAAUCAUUGAUUAGAGUGCAGUUCCGGAAUGCGGGCCAAGGCGACCUCCUCGUGUGCGCGUGGCGAGGCGCUGAUUCGUCCCAUAGCUGUCAACCUCUUGCCGAUCGCGAAACGCGUGUGUUCAACUUGACUGAGCCCUGUCCUACUGCGGACUUCUGCGUGCCCGCCUACUUCACUGUAGCUACAACCUCCACCGCGAACUUGUGUGCACAUAAUGAAUGCCGUUUACCACAUCAAGUUGGCUACUAUAUAACGCACACUGGUCUUCGGUGCUUGCCUCUGCGAAGUUCCUCAGAAACUCUAAAUAAUGAUGUUUAUCUUAUUUUAUUUUUGUUCUUGGCUUAUUUUAUAAACUAUUAA